AUGCUUACAAUCCUACUGUUCACCAAAGUAGGACUAAUUACCAUUGCCCUACCAAUUUCAGGCCUCCAGCAGACCGAAAGGCACAUCUCUAUCAUCAUGGCUCCCACAUGCAUUGUCUAG